AUGGAUUACAGUUCCUUCAGUGGAGCCCCAAGGUUCCUGACUCGGCCUAAGGCCUUCAUGGUGUCGGUGGGAAAGGAUGUCACCCUGAGCUGCCAGAUUGUGGGAAACCCCGUCCCGCUCGUGAGCUGGGAAAAGGAUAAGCUUCCGAUCCAGUCGGGGGGAAGGUUUAAAAUGGUGGAAGAUGGUGAUCUGUACCGGCUAACAAUUUAUGACCUGAGCUUAGAGGACAGUGGUCAGUAUAUCUGCAGGGCCAAGAACACCAUUGGGGAAGCUUUUACUGCUGUCAGUAUCAAAGUUGGGGAGGAGAUGAUGGUGACGGAAUCGGCCCCUUACUUCAUCCAGAAACCAUCCUCCAUCAGAGUGACCCUGGGAGACGAUGUUACGUUCAAAUGUAAAGUCCAGGGCAGCACGCCCCUCUCUGUGAACUGGGAGAAAGAUGGGAGGCACGUGAGGGGCUGGUCUGACUCCAACCGCUUCCAGAUUGAGUCCCUCGGGGAGUCAAAUGCUCUCAAGAUCCAGUGUGCUCGGUUGGGGGACAGUGGGACAUAUGUGUGUCGGGCGGAGAACCCCAUUGGCUCUGCCAGUGCUACCGCCACCUUGGUGGUGGACACGCAUGGUUCUUACAGUCCGAGCAGCAGCCAUCUAGACACAGGCUACGGCAAGACUGCCUCCUUGCUGUCUCAUUUGCAAAAGAGGCGGGAGGAAAUCAGGAAGAUGGACACGUCCAUGCUUGCAGCCGCUGAUCCCAUGGCUGCCCCAAUGUACUCUGCUACAGAGGGGCUGUCUGGUAUUGGUCUCAGCCUUUCUCUGGAUUACGAGAGGGCUGCCAGUCUCACCACCAAAUCAGCCCGCAACGCCACCUUCGGGGUGCUGACGCGUACCUUCAACGUGACGGAGGGGAAGCACGCCAAGCUGAGCUGCUAUGUAACAGGAGAGCCAAAGCCGGAGAUUGUGUGGAAGAAGGAUGGCGAGGUGAUUACAGAGGGGCGCCGGCACUUUGUGUAUGAGGAUGAACAGGAGAACUUUGUGCUGAAGAUCCUUUUCUGCAAGCAGGUCGAUAACGGGCUCUACACCUGCACAGCCUCCAACCUGGCAGGGCAGACCUACAGCUCCGUGCUGGUCACUGUCAGAGAGCCCAUAAUACCGUUCAAGACAAAACUGAAGGAUGUUGAAGUUCAGGAGAAAGAAUCCGCCACCUUCCAGUGUGAGGUGCCCGUCCCUAGCACUGAAACUGCCUGGUUCAAAGAGGAGACCAAACUCCAGCAGAGCAAGAAGUACAACAUUGAAGAAGAGGGGACGUACCGCCGGCUCACCGUCCAGAAUGUCACCACGGAUGAUGACGCCGUCUACAUCUGUGAAAUGAAGGAGGGGAGCAGGACCAUCGCAGAACUCACCGUCCAGGGGAACAUCAUUAAAAAACUGCCACGGAAGACUGCGGUCCCUAUAAACGACACAGCCAUAUUCUGCGUGGAGCUGGACAACGAGUGCCAGAACAUCCGCUGGCUGAAGAAUAUGGAAGAAGUGAAACCCAAUGACCGAAUCACCAUCACCUCAUCCGGCAAGCAACAUACACUGAUUAUCCGGGAGUGCAAGAUGGAAGACGCCGGGGAGAUUGCAUUCCUGGCAGACGAGUGCAGAACAUCUACCCAGUUCACUGUGUCCACUCCAAGAAAACCCCCAUCCCAUCCCCCAUCCGACCCCGUGGUGAAAAAUAAAACAGAAACCUCAGUGACGCUUGCCUGGUCCCCUCCCAAAAUGGAGCAAUUCAUUCUCCUCGAUGGCUACCUGGUGGAAAGUAAGAAGUUGACUGGCUUUAGCUGGAUGAGAUGCCACCAAUCUCACAUCCCCACCCCAGAGUUCACAGUGAGCGAUCUGGCAGAAGAGGCAGACUACCAGUUCCGCGUGUCUGCAGUCAACAGCUAUGGGCAGAGCUCUUACCUAGAGUUCCCAGGGACCCUGCACCUCGAACCAGCAUUGGCUGUGAAAACACCCCUGACUGAUGUUGAAGCUACUGCAGGAGGUGAUGCUACCUUUAUUGUUGACCUCACAACUGCUUCUUCUGGCACCUGGUACCUUAAUGGCAAAGCCAUACAGAGCAGUGAACUCUACAUCAUUCGGAGAACCAAAACCACCCACAUCCUCACCAUAAGAAACGUCACCAAGAAUGACGAUGGAGCAGAGGUGAAAUUUGUUGCCAAGAACAUUGAAACCAGUACGAAGAUGAAAGUAAAAGCUGCUGCAGUAAGAAUCACCAACAAGAGUGGAGACACAGAAAAGGUGUCUGUUCGGCUGUGUGAGGAGGCACAGCUUUGGGCGGAGCUAUCAGAUGUGGCAGCUUCCGUGAAGUGGAUGAAGAAUGGGAAGGAAAUCCAGGCCAGUCCAAAAUACGAAUUGAAAACAGCAGAGAAGAAACGCAUCCUGAAAAUUCACAACAUCACAGCAGAGGAUGCUGGCGUUUAUGAAUGUGUCUGUGAAGGGGAUGAAAUAGUCUAUCAACUCUCAGUGAAAGCACUCGUGCACUUCACAAACAAAGAGAAAGCUGGUGGUGUUGUCAUCGCCAUCUCCGGAAAACAGGCCGAAUUUGUUUCUGAGACCUCUGAAGCCAAUGUCAUGGUGCAGUGGUACAAAGACGGCAAAGAAAUCAGACGCACAAAGAAAUUCACCCUGGAGGAUAAUGGAAAGCUGCACAAGCUCAUCGCCUCAGCUGUAACGAAAGAAGAUGAGGGAACGUACAUGUGCAAAGUUGGAGAGGACACUCUAGUUUUCAAUUUAAAGGUCUCAGAUGAAGUUGUUAAGUUUGUCAACAAGCCUAAAGCAAUGCCAGAAAUUUCAGUCAGUCCUUCUGAGGGUCUAGAGCUGGCGUGUGAGGUGUCGGUGGCCAGUGGAGCUGUUGUGUGGAAGAAGGAUCAAACUGAGGUUAAGCAGGACCAGAGAAUGACAGUCACCUCUCAGGGAACAGACCGAAAGCUCAUCAUCAAGAAUGUAACACAGCACGACCAAGGGAGCUACACCUGUGAAUCUAAGGAUGACAAAGUAACAUUCCAGGUUAAAGUCAAAGAGAUGGAAGAGGUGUUUUCAAACAAAGAGAAGGUGCAGAAGGAGGUGAAGGCCGCCCUGACAGAGAGUGCCACCCUUAGCUGUGAGGUGACUCAGGCCAAGACUGAAGUGAGGUGGUACAAGGAUGGGAAACUGAUCACCCCCAGCAAGAAAUUCAAGGUGGAGUCUGAGGGCAAAUCCCGGCGUCUGAUCGUGGAGCAGGUGGAGAAGAAGGAUGCUGGAGAGUACACCUGUGAGGCCGCAGGCCAGAAACUGACCUUCAAAGUUAUCAUCACAGAGCCUGAGGAAGUGUUUGCAAACAAGGAGAAGGUGCAGAAGGAGGUGAAGGCCGCCCUGACAGAGAGCGCCACCCUGAGCUGUGAGGUGGCCCAGGCCAAGACUGAAGUGAAAUGGUACAAGGACGGGAAACUGAUCACCUCCAACAAGAAAUUUAGGGUGGAGUCUGAGGACAAAUCCCGGCAUCUGGUGGUGGAGCAGGUGGAGAAGCAAGAUGCUGGAGAGUACAUCUGUGAGGCCGCAGGCCAGAAACUGACCUUCAAGAUUAUCAUCACAGAGAGAGAGGAUGUGUUUGCAAACCAGGAGAAGGUGCAGAAGGAGGUGAAGGCCACCCUGACAGAGAGCGCCACCCUGAGCUGUGCAGUGGCCCAGGCCAAGACUGAAGUGAAAUGGUACAAGGAUGGGAAACUGAUCACCUCCAGCAAGAAAUUCAAAGUGGAGUCUGAGGGCAAAUCCCGGCGUCUGGUGGUGGAGCAGGUGGAGAAGAAGGACGCUGGAGAGUACACCUGUGAGGCUGCAGGCCAGAAACUGACCUUCAAGGUUCUUGUCACUGAGAGAGAGAAUGUGUUUACAAACCAGGAGAAGUUGCAGAAGGAGGUGAAGGCCGCUCUGACAGAGAACGCCAUCCUGAGCUGUGAGGUGACUCAGGCCAAGACUGAAGUGAAAUGGUACAAGGACGGGAAACUAAUCACUUCCAGCAGGAAAUUCAAAGUGGAGUCUGAGGGCAAAUCCCGGCGUCUUGUGGUAGAGCAGGUGGAGAAGAAGGACGCUGGAGAAUACAUCUGUGAGGCCGCAGGCCAGAAACUGACCUUCAAGAUCACUGUCACAGAGAGAGAGGAUGUAUUUGCAAACAAGGAGAAGGUGCAGAAGGAGGUCAAGGCGGCCCUGACAGAGAGCGCCACCCUGAGCUGUGAGGUGGCCCAGGCCAAGACUGAAGUGAAGUGGUACAAGGACGGGAAACUGAUCACCUCCAGCAAGAAAUUCAAAGUGGAGUCUGAGGGCAAAUCCCGGCGGGUGGUGGUGGAGCAGGUGGAGAAGAAGGACGCUGGAGAGUACACCUGUGAGGCCGCAGGCCAGAAACUGACCUUCAAGGUUCUUGUCACUGAGAGAGAGGAUGUGUUUGCAAACAAGGAGAAGGUACCGAAGGAGGUCAAGGCCGCCCUGACAGAGAGCGCCACCCUGAGCUGUGAGGUGGCCCAGGCCAAGACUGAAGUGAAAUGGUACAAGGACGGGAAACUGAUCACCUCCAGCAAGAAAUUCAAAGUGGAAUCUGAGGGCAAAUCCCGGCGGGUGGUGGUGGAGCAGGUGGAGAAGAAGGACGCUGGAGAGUACACCUGUGAGGCCGCAGGCCAGAAACUGACCUUCAAAGUUCUUGUCACUGAGAGAGAGGAUGUGUUUGCAAACCAGGAGAAGUUGCAGAAGGAGGUGAAGGCCGCCCUGACAGAGAGCGCCACCCUGAGCUGUGAGGUGGCCCAGGCCAAGACUGAAGUGAAGUGGUACAAGGAUGGGAAACUGAUCACCUCUAGCAAAAAAUUCAAAGUGGAGUCUGAGGGCAAAUCCCGGCGGGUGGUGGUGGAACAGGUGGAGAAAAAGGACGCUGGAGAGUACACUUGUGAGGCCGCAGGGCAGAAACUGACCUUCAAGAUUGUUGUCACAGAGAGAGAGGAUGUGUUUGCAAACAAGGAGAAAGUGCAGAAGGCGGUCAAGGCCACCCUGACAGAGAGCGCCAGCCUGAGCUGUGAGGUGGCCCAGGCCAAGACUGAAGUGAAAUGGUACAAGGACGGGAAACUGAUCUCCUCCAGCAAGAAACUCAAAGUGGAGUCUGAGGGCAAAUCCCGGCGUCUGGUGGUGGAGCAGGUGGAGAAGAAGGAUGCUGGAGAGUACACCUGUGAGGCCGCAGGCCAGAAACUGACCUUCAAAGUUCUUGUCACUGAGCCCGAAGAAGUGUUUGCAAACAAGGCGAAGGUGCAAAAGGAGGUGAAAGCCGAACUGACAGAGAGCGCCACCCUGAGCUGUGAGGUGGCCCAGGAAAAGUCUGAUGUGAAAUGGUACAAGGACGGGAAACUUAUCACCUCCAGCAAGAAAUUCAAAGUGGACUGUGAGGGGAGAUCCCGGCAUCUGGUCGUGAAUCAGCUUGAGAAGAAGGAUGCUGGAGAGUACACCUGUGAGGCUGCAGGCCAGAAACUGACCUUUAAAAUUAUCGUCACAGAGCCUGAAGAGGUGUUUGCAAACCAGGAGAAGGUGCAGAAGGAGGUGAAGGCCGCCCUGACAGAGAGUGUCACCCUGAGCUGUGAGGUGACCCAGGCCAAGACUGAAGUGAAAUGGUACAAAGAUGGGAAACUGAUCACCUCCAGCAAGAAAUUCAAGGUGGAGUCUGAGGAUAAAUCCCGGCGUCUGGUCGUGGAGCAGGUGGAGAAGAAAGACGCUGGAGAGUACACCUGUGAGGCCGCAGGCAAGAAACUGACCUUCAAGGUUAUCGUCACAGAGGCAGAACAUGUGUUUACAAACAAGGAGAAGGUGCAGAAGGAGGUGAAGGCCGUCCUGACAGAGAGCGCCACCCUGAGCUGUGAGGUGGCCCAGGCCAAGACUGAAGUGAAAUGGUACAAGGAUGGGAAAUUGAUCACUUCUGGCAAGAAACUCAAAGUGGAGUCUGAGGACAAAUCCCGACGGCUGGCCAUGGAGCAGGUGGAGAAGAAAGAUGCUGGAGAGUACACCUGUGAGGCUGCAGGCCAGAAAUUAACCUUCAAAGUUAUAGUCACAGAACCUGAAGUUGUGUUUGCAAACAAGGAGAAGGUGCAGAAGGAGAUGAAGGCUGUCCUGACGGAGAGCACCACCCUGAGCUGUGAGGUGGCCCAGGCCGAUACUGAAGUGAGGUGGUACAAGGACGGGAAACUGAUCACCUCCAGCAAGAAAUUCAAAGUGGAGUCUGAGGGCAAAUCCCGACGGCUGGUUGUGGAGCAGGUGGAGAAGAAGGAUGCUGGAGAGUACACCUGUGAGGCCACAGGCCAGAAACUGACCUUCAAGGUUAUCAUCACAGAGCCUGAAAUCAUAUUUGCAAACCAGGAGAAGGUGCAGAAGGAAGUGAAGGCUGUGCUGACAGAGAGCGCCACCCUCUCCUGCGAAGUGGCCCAGGCCAAAACUGAAGUGAAAUGGUACAAGGACGGGAAACUAAUCACCUCCAGCAAGAAAUUCAAAGUGGAGUCUGAGGGCAAAUCCCGUCGUCUGGUGGUGGAGCAGGUGGAGAAGAAGGACGCUGGAGAGUACAUCUGUGAGGCCGCAGGCCAGAAACUGACCUUCAAGUUUAAUGUCACAGAGCCAGAAUCUGCAUUUGUAAACCAGGAGAAGGUGCAGAAGGAGGUGAAGGCUGUGCUGACAGAGAGCGCCAUCCUGUCCUGCGAAGUGGCCCAUGCCAAGACUGAAGUGAAAUGGCACAAGGACGGGAAACUGAUCACCUCCAGCAAGAAACUCAAAGUAGAGUCUGAGGGUAAAUUCCGGCGUCUGGUGGUGGAGCAGGUGGAGAAGAAGGAUGCUGGAGAAUACACCUGUGAGGCUGCCGGCCAGAAACUGGCCUUCAAAAUUGAAGCAGUAGAACCGGAGGCAAAAUUCCAAAAGAAACUUGUCCAGAAAGAACCGAUUGUUGCUCAGGAACAUGAGAGCAUCACGCUGUCCACUUCAGUAACGCCUGAAACAGCCGUAGUCAAGUGGUUCAGGGAUGGAACUGAGAUCAAAGAAAGCAAAAAGUACGAGAUUAAGGCUGACGGGGCCUCCAGGACUCUGACUGUGAAGCUGGCUGAGGGCAAAGACAGUGCUGUGUAUACCUGCGAGACAAAGAGCGACAAGCAGGAGUUCAACGUGCAGGUGAAAGAAAUCCCUGUGAAGUUUGCAAAGAAAUUAGAAGCGGUGAGUGCCGAGAUCGGAGGGACCAUCUCUCUGACCUGUGAGCUGAGCCAGGCCAAGGGGGAUGUGCUGUGGUACAAGAACAGAGUUGAGAUCAAACCCAGCAAGCGCUUCCAGAUUAGCGAGGAUGGUGUCAAGCGGACCCUGACCGUAAUGGGACUCCGGGCCGAAGACAAGGGAGAGUACUCCUGUGAAUCCCGGGAUGACAAAAGCAGCAUUCAGGUCACCCCCAAAGCUCCUAGAGUGGUGAAGUUCACUACAGGCCUUCACAACGUGGUGUCUGAAGAAGGAAAAGAGGCCACAUUCAAAUGCACCGUCUCCCCCAGCGAUGCUGCAGUUACAUGGCACAGAAACGGUGUCAAAAUUGAAGCCAGUAAGAAACACGUGAUCUCUCAGAAGGACACCAACCACAGCCUUACCAUUGCUGACCUGACUCUGGAGGAUGCAGCAGAAAUCUCAGCCAAUGCAGAGGGUGUGGAAAGCAAAGCCACCCUCACAGUCCGAGAGGCGCCGGUGACGUUCAAGAAGAAACUGGAGCCCAAAACAGUUGAGGAGAGGGACACGGUGACCCUGGAGGUAGAGCUGAGCAAGCCUUCCAUGGAGGUGAAAUGGAUGAGGAACAGCAUCGUGCUGCAGUCCAGUGACAACGUUGAGAUCAAGGCCGAGGGGACGAAACACAGCUUGAUGAUUAAGAACAUCACCUUUGCCGACCGGGGCUUCUAUUGCUGUGAGACUCUCGAAGAUAAGACCCAGGCCAAGCUGAAUGUGCAAAUGAGGCAGAUCAAACUGGUGAAAGGCCUGCAGUCGCUGGAAGCCCGUGAAAAGGGGACUGUCACCUUCGAGCUGGAGCUGUCUCAUGAGGAUGUGGAAGGAAGCUGGAUGAAGGAUGGCCUGAAACUGAAACCAGGGGAGAACUGCCACAUUAGCGUCCUGGGGAAGAAACAUUCACUGACACUUUCAUCCCUGAAGCUAGAAGACUCAGGCCUCAUCUCCUUCAAGGCAGAAGGCAUCCAUUCUUCAGGGAGGCUUAUAGUAACAGAGUUGCCUGUGAAAAUAAGCAAGCCUUUGGUCGACAUCAAAGCUCCUGAGAAGGAUAAGGUGACAUUCGAGUGUGAGCUCUCCAGGCCUAAUGCGGAGGUCAAGUGGUUUAAGAAUGGAUCUGAGCUCCGGCCAAGUAAAAAAAUGGCAAUUAUUUCCCAGGAAAUUAAGAGAAGCCUCAUUAUUCACAAGUGUGACUAUGACGACCAAGGAACCUAUGUAUGCGAUGCAGCUGACGACAAGAGUUCCGCUACCCUUAUCGUCCACGCCCGAGAUAUCAAGAUCAUAAAGCCCCUGGAAGAUGUGGAAGUGAAUGAGAAGGAGAGUGCGUCUUUCACCUGUGAGAUUUCACAUGAUGAAGUCCAAACCCAGUGGUUCAAAAAUGACUCCAAGCUGAGGGCUGGAGACAACAUUAAGAUGCGUCAAGAAGGAAAAACCUAUGCAUUAGUUUACAAAAGUGUCCAUGUGGAAGAUGCUGCAGAGAUCAAAUUUGUAGCAGAAAAGGCAGAAUCUCGAGCGCAACUUAGAGUUAAAGAACUGCCUGUAAAAUUUGUGAAGCCUUUGCGGGAUAAGAUUGCUAUUGAGAAGCACCGGGGUGUCCUGGAAUGCCAGGUGUCUCGCCCUACUGCCAAAGUUAAAUGGUAUAAGAAGAAUGUUGAGAUUCUUCCCAGCCAGAAAUAUGAGCUGGUGAGUGACAGUGUCUAUAGGAAACUCAUCAUCAACGACGCCGAGUUUCAGGAUGAGGACGUUUACACAUGUGAUGCUAUUGAUGACACAAGCAGUGCUCAUUUCUAUGUUGAAGAGCAAUCCAUUAAUAUUGUAAAGCAGUUAAGUGAUGUGGAUGUGACAGAGCCCACAGAAGCCAAGUUUGAAUGUGAGAUCUCCAUUCCAUCGGUGAAGCCCCCCAAAUGGUCUCUGGGUGGAGAGGUCUUACAGACUGGUAGAAACGUUUCUAUAGAGCAAGAAGGCACCAUCCAUCGGCUGAUUCUGUGGAAGACCAAUUCUGACAUGACAGGCACCAUUCAGUUUGCAAUUGGCAAAUCAAAAUCCACAGCAAACCUGCUUGUAAGAGAUAUUAACGUGCAGAUUACCAGAAAGCUGGAGGAUAAGACUGCCUUAGAACGCCAUUCAGUUGUCCUGUCCUGUGAUUUUAGGCCUUCUCCAAAGGUUGUAGAGUGGUUCAAGGGACACACCCUCAUUGAGCCCUCUGAAAAAUACAAACCCAAGUGGGAGAAGCACACAGCAGAACUCAAAAUUCUGAAACUGACACCUGAAGAUUCCGGCACAUACAAGUGCCGAGCAGGAAAUGCAGAAACCAAAGCCACGCUGACAGUGGAAGCCCGGCAGGUGGCGAUAACCAAACACUUGCAGGAUGUGGAGACUGAGGAGGAGAGCUGCGCUGUCUUCUCCUGUGAGCUGUCCCAUGACGAUGAGGAAGUGGAAUGGUUACUGAAUGACACUGUCCUCUACACCAACAGCUGUAAUGAGAUCAAGAAGAUCGGCAAGUACCACACUCUGACACUGAAGCAAGUCACGCCGGACGAUGCAGGAACGGUGACUGUCAAGACAGAGAAGGUGUCAGAAAGCGCUCAGCUGAAGGUGAAAGAGAAGCCCAUCGUCUUCAUGAAGUCCUUGGAUGAUGUUGUGGGGGAGGAGCGUGGUGUGAUCACACUGGAGUGUGAGGUCUCCAAACCAAAGGUCAACCCCAUCUGGAAGAAGGACAAUGUGGAGCUCACCCCUGGCGACAAGUAUGAGCAGAUGCAAGCUGGGAAGACCCUGUGUCUCGUUGUUCACGAUCUCGACAAGAAUGAUGCUGGUUUAUACACAUGUGAUAUUGGCACUGACCUUGCCAAGUCACGGGUCAGCAUUCAGGAGUUGAACAUUGGUAUCACUAAACGCCUGAAGAGCACUGAAGUUCAAGAAGGGGAGAAUUGUACUUUUGAGUGUAUUUUGUCCCAUGAAAGCAUUGGCGAUUUCCACUGGAUGCUGAAGGGGAAUGAAGUGCACAGUGGUGGACGAUUUAAGACCUUUAACAAAGGGAGGAAAUACACCCUCGACAUCAGGAAUGUGGUUGCUGCUGAUGCUGGGGAAGUAGUCUUCACUGCUCGCAACUUAAACUCCAAAGCCUCCCUGGUUGUGAAAGAAAAACCAGCAGAGAUUAUAAAGCAGCUGGAGAAUAAGACAGCAGCAGCAGGACAAGACAUCAGCCUGAGCUGUGAAAUGUCCAAACCUGACACAAAUGUGAAGUGGUACAAGGAUGGCAAAGCAAUUCGGAAAAGCCAAAAAUAUGACUUGCGCCAAGAGGGAACAUGGGCCAUACUCGUCAUCCAUGAUACCAUGACCAAGGAUACUGGGGAAUACACAUGUGAGACGGAGACAUCUAAAACUAAAGCAUCGGUCACAGUAGAAGAAAAACCCAAUCGCUUUCUGAAGGAGCUUUCAGAUCUGAAAGCUGAUGAAAAAGGAGUUGCUGUUUUUAUGUGUCAGACUGAGAAAGCCGCACCCACGGUGACCUGGCGGAAAGGGAUGGUCGAGCUCAAGACAAGCAAGAAAUAUGAGAUCAUCCAGAAAGGGAACAUCCUGCAGCUCACUAUUAAUGCCUUAGAGAAAAGUGACAGCGACACCUACACCUGCGACGUUGGCGAGGCUCAGUCUAGAGCCAAGCUGAUCGUGCAAGCUCUGCCAGUUCGUUUCAAACGAGAACUCCAGAAUGAGGAAGCUAAAGAAGGAAGUCAAGUCAAACUGACCUGUGAGCUGAGCAAACCUGGCAUCCCAGUGAAAUGGACAAAGGGAGAUACAGUUCUACAAUCCAGUGACAAGUAUGAGUUAAAGCAACACGGCACUGUUGCAGAGCUCAUUAUUCAAGAUGCCAAAUCAAUAGAUGCUGGAGAUUAUAGCUGCAGCACUGGAGAACAAAAGACAACUGCUCGGGUGAAAGUAAAUGCUCUGCCAGUCCUUUUUAAACAAAACCUGCAGAACACAGAAAUGGAAGAGGGGAGCACUGUAGCUUUGCGCUGUGAGAUCACUAAACCCGAUGCCCGAGUGGUGUGGAAGAAGGGAGGAGCCAUACUCCAGGAGAGUGCCAAGUAUGAGCUGAAGCAGAAGGGUUGUGUGGCAGAGCUGCUCAUUCACAAUGCAGAGCUGGAGGAUGCUGGAAGAUACACCUGUGAUACUGGAGACCAGCAGACGACUGCUCAAGUCAAAAUCCACGCCCUGCCUGCACUCAUCAAAGAAGAACUGAAGAACUUGGAAGCCACAGAAGGUGGAACAGCCACUCUGUGCUGUGAGCUGAGCAAAGCCGCUCCAGUGGAGUGGAAGAAGGGGCCCAAGGGGCUCAGGCCAAGUGGCAAAUACAGAAUGAGACAAGAAGGCACCAUUGCUGAGCUGGUCAUCCAUGAUCUAGAUCUGAAGGAUGCUGGAGAUUACACAUGUGUGUUUGGAGAUCAAAAAACCACAGCAACCUUAACAGUGAAUGCCCUACCCGUACGUUUCAAAAAGGAACUGAAGAAUGAGGAGGCCACCGAGAGUGGAACAGCCACGCUGCACUGCGAGCUGACCAAGGCUGUUGACUCAGUUGAGUGGUUGAAGGAUUCAAAGGUGCUGAAACCAAGUGGCAAAUACAGGGUGAGGCAGGAAGGCCGCUUUGCUGAGUUGAUUAUCCAAGACCUAGAUUUGGCGGAUGCUGGAGAUUACACUUGUGUGUGUGGCGACCAGAAGACAACAGCUGCUUUAACAGUGAAUGCCUUGCCUGCAUUUUUCCAAGAGGAACUGAAUAACAAGGAAGUUUCAGAGGGUGAGACAGUCACUCUGCACUGUAAAUUGAGCAAGCCCGCCCCAGUGGAGUGGAAGAAGGGACAAAAGGCUCUCAGACCAAGUGAAAAAUGCAAAAUAAGACAGGAGGGUCCCUUUGCUGAACUGUUGAUCCUUGAUCUGGAUUUGAUGGAUGCUGGAGAUUACACUUGUGUGUGUGGAGAACAGCAGACUACAGCAACCUUGACAGUGAAUGUUUUGCCUAUACUUUUCACCAAAGAACUGAAGAAUCAAGAAGCUACAGAAGGUGAAAGUGCCAUUCUGCACUGCGAGCUAAACAAGGUUGCUCCUACCGUGGAGUGGAAGAAGGGACACAAGAUCCUCAAACUGAGCGACAAGUAUAAAAUGAGACGGGAAGGUGUUGUUGUUGAGUUGAUAAUCCAAGACCUAGAAGUGACAGAUGCUGGAAAUUAUACCUGUGUGUGUGGAGACCAACAGACCAUGGCGGCUGUAACUGUAAAUGUCCUGCCUGCAUUUUUCAAGGAGGGAUUGAAGAAUAAGGAAGCCUCAGAAGGUGCAACAGCCACUCUGCACUGUGAGCUGACCAAAGUCCCUGUCCUCGUGGAGUGGAAGAAGGGGCAAAAAACGCUCAAACCCAGUGAAAAGUACAGAAUGCGACAGGAAGGUGCCAUUGCAGAGCUGUUGAUCCGUGACCUGGAUGUACAAGAUACAGAUGAUUAUACCUGUGUGUGUGGAGACCAGAAGACCUCUGCUGUCCUGACAGUCCAUGCCCUGCCUGCACUGUUCAAAAAGGAACUCAAAAAUGAGGAAGCCACAGAAAGUGGGACAGCUACUCUCCACUGUGAGUUGACCAAAGCUUCUCCAGUGGAGUGGAUGAAGGCUCAAAAGGUGCUCAAAGUUAGUGACAAAUAUAAAAUGAGACAGAAGGAUGCCAUUGCUGAGCUGACAAUCCAUGACCUGGAUGAACAGGAUGCCGGAGAUUACACUUGUGUGUGUGGAGACCAGAAGACCACUGCAUCCUUGACAGUGAAGGUCCUUCCUCCACGUUUUAAAAAAGAAUUGAAGAAUUUGGAAGCCAGAGAAGGUGAAGCGGCCAUUCUGUGCUGUGAGCUGACUAAGGUCGCUGCCCCAGUGGAAUGGAAGAAGGGGCCCAAAGUGCUGAAACCAAGUGACAAGUUUAGAAUGAGACAGGAAGGCACCAUUGCUGAGUUAGUGAUCCAUGAUUUAGAUCUGACAGAUGCUGGAGAUUAUACAUGCAUGUAUGGAGACCAAAAAACCACAGCUGCCUUAACAGUGAAUGCUCUGCCUGCACGCUUCAAGGAAGAAAUGACAAAUGAGGAAGCCACGGAAGGUGGGAGAGCCACUCUGCGCUGUCAGCUGACCAAGGUUGCUUCGGUGGAGUGGAAAAAGAAGCACAAGGCACUCAAACCAAGUGACAAAUAUACCAUGAGGCAGGAAGGUGCCAUUGCAGAACUAGUCAUCCAUGAUGUAGAAGUCAAGGACUCUGGCGAUUAUACCUGUGUAUGUGGAGACCAGAAGACAACGGCAGCUUUGAUAGUGCAUGCCCUACCGGUACUUUUCCAAGAAGAAUUAAGAAAUGAAGAAGCCACAGAAGGUGGCGCAGCCACUCUGCGCUGUGAGCUGACCAAGGCUGCCCCAGUGGAGUGGAAGAAGGGACACAAGGUGCUCAAGCCAAGUGACAAAUACAAAAUGAGGCAGAAGGAUACCACUGCAGAGCUGGAGAUCCACAAUCUAGAUGACAAUGAUGCUGGUGAUUAUACCUGUGUGUGUGGAGAUCAGCAGAGCACAGCUGUCUUAGCAGUACAUGCUCUGCCUGCGCUCUUCAAAGAAGAACUGAAGAACGAGGAAGUUACAGAAGGUGGAACAGCCACUCUGCGCUGUGCGCUGACCAAAGCCACUCAAGUAGAGUGGAUGAAAGGGGACAGUUUGCUCAAAGCAAGUGACAAAUACAAAAUGAGACAGGAGGGCACUGUUGUUAAACUGAUUAUUCAUGAUCUAGAACUGAAGGAUGCUGGAGAUUAUACCUGUGUGUGUGGAGACCAGAAGACUGCUGCUGGCUUGAUAGUGCAUGCUCUGCCUGCGCUUUUCAAAGAAGAACUGAAGAACUUGGAAGUCACAGAAGGCAAAACAGCCACUCUGCAUUGUGAGCUGAACAAGCCUGCUUCAGUGGAGUGGAAGAAAGGGCACAAGAUACUCAAGGCGAGUGAAAAAUACAGCAUGAGACAGGAUAGUGUCACUGCUGAGCUGGAGAUCCAUGAUCUAGGUCUGCAGGAUGCAGGAGAUUACACAUGCAUGUGUGGCGACCAGCAGACCACAGCUACGUUGAUAGUAAAUGCCCUGCCUGUACUUUUCAAGCAAGAACUAAAGAAUGAGGAAGUUGCAGAAGGCGGAUCAGUCACUCUGCGCUGCGAACUAACCAAAGCUGCUCCUGUGGAGUGGAAAAUAGGGCACAUUGUGGUCAAAACAAGUGACAAAUAUAAAAUGAGACAGCAGGGUGCCAUUGCAGAGUUGGUUAUCCAUGAUGUAGAACUGAAGGAUGCUAGAGAUUAUACCUGUGUGUCUGGGGAUCAGAAGACAACAGCUGCUUUAACAGUACAUGCUCUACCUGCACGUUUCAAAAAAGAAUUGAGGAACAAGGAAGCUACAGAAGGUGAAGCUGUCACUCUGCGCGGUGAGCUGACCAAAGCUGCUCAGGUGGAGUGGAAGAAAGGGCAAAAGGUGCUCAAAGCAAGUGAGAAAUACAAAAUGAGACAAGAAGGUGCCAUAGCAGAGCUGGUGAUCCACAAUCUAGAUUUGAAGGAUACUGAUGAUUAUACCUGUGUGUGUGGAGACCAGCAGACCACAGCUACCUUAACAAUAAAUGCUCUGCCUCCAUCUUUCAAAGAAGAAAUGUGCAAUGAGGAAGCCACAGAAGGUGGAACAAUCACUCUGCACUGUGAGCUGACCAAGGUCGCUGCCCCAGUGGAGUGGAAGAAGGGGCACAGAGUGCUCAAACCGAAUGACAAGUACACAAUGAGACAGGAAGGUUGCAUUGUGGAGCUGGUGGUCCAUGGUUUGGAUCUGAAGGAUGCUGGAGAUUUCACCUGUGUGUGUGGAGACCAGAAGACCACAGCCGCCUUAACAGUGCAUGCCUUGCCUCCACUGUUCAAAGAAGAACUGAAGAGCUUGGAAGCUACAGAAAACGGAGCAGCCACUCUGCGCUGUGAGCUGACCAAGGCUGCUCCAGUGCAGUGGAAGAAAGGGCACAAAGUACUCAAAGCCAGUGAGAAAUACAAAAUGAGACAAGAAGGUGCCAUUGCAGAACUGGCUAUCUGCACUCUGGAGGUGAAGGACACUGGAGAUUAUACCUGUGUGUGUGGAGACCAGCAGACCACAGCUACCUUAACAGUAAAUGCCUUGCCAGCACUUUUUAAAGAAGAACUAAAGAAUGUGGAAGCUAAAGAAGGUGGAAAUGCCACUCUGCACUGUGAGCUGACCAAGGCUGUUCCAGUAGAGUGGAAGAAAGGGCACAAGGUACUCAAAGCAAGUGAGAAAUACAAAAUGAGACUGGAAGGUGCCAUUGCAGAGCUGGUUGUCCAUGAUCUAGAUCAGAAGGAUACAGGAAAUUAUACUUGUGUGUGUGGAGAACAUCAGACCACGGCUGCUUUAACAGUACAUGCUCUGCCUCCAUCUUUCAAAGAAGAAAUGUGCAAUGAGGAAGCCACAGAAGGUGGAACAGUCACUCUGCACUGUGAGCUGACCAAGGUCGCUGCCCCAGUGGAGUGGAAGAAGGGUCACAAAGUGCUCAGACCGAAUGACAAGUACACAAUGAGACAGGAAGGUUGCCUUUUGGAGCUGGUGGUCCAUGGUUUGGAUCUGAAGGAUGCUGGAGAUUACACCUGUGUGUGUGGAGACCAGAAGACCACAGCUGCCUUAACAGUGCAUGCCCUACCAGCACUUUUUAAACAUGAGCUUCGGGAUGAGGAGGCAGAAGAAGGUGGCACAGUCACACUGCAGUGUGAGCUUACCAAACCUAGUGCUCCUGUAGAGUGGAGGAAAGGAGCUACAACUCUCUACCCUGGACUGAAAUAUGAGAUGAAGCGACAAGGGCCCAUUGCUGAGCUGGUCAUUCAUGACUUAAAACUGGACGAUACAGGAAAAUAUACCUGUGACUCUGGGGAUCAACAGACAACAGCUGCAGUGACCAUACAUGCCCUGCCCAUUGUAUUUAAGCAACCCCUUCAGAAUCAGGAGGCUGAAGAAGGAGGUACAGCCACAUUACAUUGUGAGCUGUCAAAACCAAAAGUUCCAGUGGAAUGGAGGAAAGGAGGCCUGGGGCUGCAGCCUAGCAAUAAGUAUGAAAUGAAACAGAGGGAAUGCAUUGUGGAGCUCUUAGUACAUAAUCUCCAAGUCGAAGAUACAGGAGAAUACAGCUGUGAUAUUGGGGAACAGGAAACAAAGGCUUCUUUAUAUGUGAAAGCCCUCCCAGUUCUUUUCAAAAAGGAGCUCAAGGACAAGGAAGUGGAAGAAGGAGCUACAGUAAAACUCCAGUGUGAGCUGACAAAGGCCGCGGCUUCUGUGCAAUGGAGGAAAGGCACCAUGGACCUCUUUCCAUGUGCCAAAUAUGAAAUGAAAUUAGAUGGUCUCGUAGCUGAACUUGUGAUCCAUAACACAGAACCAGAGGACACAUCGGAUUACACCUGUGAUACUGGAGAUCAACAGAGCACAGCCAACCUCAGAGUGAAUGCCAUUAAACCUCUGUUCAAGCAACAGCUAAAGAAUGAGGAAGUGGAAGAGGGAGGAAUGGUCAAGCUACGCUGUGAGGUCACAAUAACUAAUGCUGUAGUAGAGUGGAGGAAAGGUGGCAGGGUGCUUCAGUCAAGUUCCAAGUAUGGAAUCAGACAGGAUGGGACCAUUCAUGAGUUAUGUAUUCAACACCUGGAGCCUAAAGACACCGGCGAGUAUUCCUGCAUUGCUGGGGAUGAGACAACCUCUGCAAUGCUGACUGUGAAAGAGCCUGAUGUGACCAUAGUCAGUGGUCUGAAGAGCGUGGUGGUGUUUGAAGAGGAAGAUGCUAUGUUUCAGUGCCGGGUUUCGCAUGACAACGCAAGGGAUGUGGAGUGGAAGCUACAGGAUGUUGCACUGCAGAGCAAUGAAAUGAACGAGAUCUCUGUUGAAAAAGGCAAGAUUCACACACUUAGGCUGAGGAAAACCACCCAGCAGGAUACGGGCACCAUCACUUUCAGAGUGGGACCCUACGUGUCCACAGCAGAGCUCACAGUAAAAGUACCGCUUCCAGUCUUUAAAGAGACUCUCAAGAACACAGAAUUGGAGGAGGAUGCUACAGCCACUCUGGAGUGCGAAGUCUCUCAGCCCAGUGUAUCAGUGGAGUGGCGGAAGGGCUCCCAGGUGAUUUCUCCAAGCUCCAAAUAUGAAAUCAGGAAAGAGGGGACAAUCCAUACAUUAAAGAUUUAUAAUUUAAAGCCAGAAGAUUCGGGCAAAUACACUUGUGAUAACAGAAAUCAGCAAACUACAGCCACUUUAACUGUCAAAGCCAUUCCAGCACUUUUUGAACAAAAACUCCAGAGCCAAGAAGCUGAGGAGGGCUCCCCUGUCACCCUACACGCUGAGCUCUCCAAAUCCAAUGCCCCAGUGAAAUGGAGAAAGGGUUCAGUCCUGCUCCAAGCUAGUACCAAGUACGAGAUGAGACAGAAGGGAUCUGCCGUGGAACUCCUAAUUCAUGACUUGCAGCUGAAAGACUCUGGAGACUAUACUUGUGAUUCUGGCGAUGAGCAGACUACAGCAUCCUUGUUGGUAAAAGCUUUGCCAGUGCUUUUUAUACGACCACUCCAGAGCCAGCAAGCAGAAGAGGGUGGCAUCAUCACCCUGAGCUGUGAGGUCUCUAAAUCCAAUGCCCCCGUGCAAUGGAAGAAAGCAGGGAAAGUUCUGCAACCAAGUGACAAGUACGAGAUGAAUCAAACUGGCCCUGUCACUGAGCUGACAAUCCAUAACCUGAAUGAAGCUGAUGCUGGGGAAUACACCUGUGAUACAGGAGACCAACAAACCACAGCAGCUGUAUAUGUGAAAGAACCAGCAGCGAGCAUAGUGGAGGUGCUAAAGGACGUCACCUUAUAUGAAGGAGAAGAUGCAGUGUUCAAGUGCAAGGUUUCUCGGGAGAAAGCUCGGGACGUGCACUGGUGCCUGGGUGGCGUACCGCUCCAGCCCAAUGAAAUGAAUGAGAUAACAGUUCAAGGGAAGCUUCACACUUUGACCCUGAGGAGGGUGACCCUAGAAGACUCUGGGUCUGUCAGUAUCAGAGUGGGGCAACAUACCUCAGAGGCACAGCUAACAGUCCAAGUUGCUCCGGCCAUAUUUGUAAAGUUGCUCGAGAACCAGGAACUGCAAGAGAGUGACACUGCAAAACUACAGUGUGAGCUAUCUAAGCCUAACAUCCCAGUGGAAUGGAAGAAAGCUUUGUCUGUGAUCAAGUCCAGUACGAAGUUUGAAAUCGAGAAGGAAGGGAACGUACAUACUCUGAUCAUCCAUGAUUUAAAACCUGAGGACUCAGGGGAGUAUAGCUGUAAUACAGUUGACAGGAAGACCACUGCCAGACUAGAUAUUAAAGCCCUACCUGUGCUUUUCAAACGUUGGCUCCAAAAUGAGGAAGUCGAGGAAGGGUGUACGGCCGCGCUGCGCUGCGAGCUGACAAAACCGAGUGCUCCAGUUGAAUGGAGGAAAGGAGAUGUGGUGCUGCAGUCAAGUGACAAGUAUGAGCUCAGGCAAGAGGGGACUUUUGUUGAGCUGUUUAUUUAUGACGUGGAACUUCAGGAUGCUGGGGAGUACACAUGUGAUUCAGGAGAUCAACAAACCACUGCAGCACUGCUAGUAAAAGUGCUACCAGUGCUUUUUAAAGAAGAGCUGCAUAACAUAGAGGCCGAAGAACGGGGAACAGCUGUCCUGCGGUGUGAGAUCUCCAGACCUGAUGCCCUGGUGGAGUGGAGGAAAGGAGCGCUGGUACUUCAGCCCAGUGACAAGUAUGAGAUGCGUCAGAAUGGCACCAAUGUGGAGUUAAUUAUUCAUGACUUGGAGGUUGAGGACUGCGGACCCUACACCUGUAGCACUGGGUAUGAGAUGACCACAGGCUCUGUGUACGUGCAAGCCAAGAACAGUAUUGUCAAGGGUUUGGAGAAUGUGGAAGCCAUGGAAGGUGGUGAAGCUCUGUUUGAGUGCUACCUUUCCAAACCAGAGUGCUACAAUUACAACUGGCUGAUUGAUGAUGAGCCUGCCAAAACCACAGAAAACAUUGAGAUGGUUUACUUUGAAAAUGGACGCAGGCAUCUUCUCCUGUUGAAGAACCUCACUCCCCAGGACAACUGCAGGGUGACGUUCCUGACUAGUGAUGCUGUGACAUCUGCAUUCCUGACUGUGAAAGGAUGGCGCCUGGAAAUUUUGCAGCCUUUGGUUGACACUGAAGUCACUGCUGGGGGCCAAGCUACACUUAGCUGUGUUUUAAGUGAAGCAGUACCAGUCAGCGAAGUCGCCUGGUAUAUUAAUGACGUGGAUAUCCAACCAGACGAGAACUGGGAAAUACAGGCAGAUGGAGACAGCUACAGACUGAUCCUGAAGAAAGCCCAACCACAUCAUGCUGGAGAGGUGACUUUUGCUGCAAGGGAUGCAAUUGCAUCAGCCACGUUAUCUGUAAUAGAGCCUCCAUUUACAGUCACUCGUCCCUUAGAAGGCAAGUCGGUUUUGGAAGGGGAGGUGGCUGUCCUGGAGUGUGAAUUUUCAAGAGAGACCCAAGAGGCAAUCUGGGUCAAAGGAAAAGAACAACUACAGCCUGGAGGGAGAUAUGAAAUAAAGUCUGAUGGCAAGAAGCAGAUACUCAUUAUUCGUGCGUUUAAACCUGAGGAUCAAGGAUUGUACACCUGCAUGAUCUCUCCCGAUGUCAGAUCCUCUGCCCUUCUGUCUCUUGAAGUUCCCACAGUGGCACUGCCAAAAGAGGCAGCCCAGGAAGCACGUGACAUGAUUCAACUUGAAGAAAUGGUGGAUGGACAUCUCCAGCCCAGCCUGCCACCCGAAGCUGCUCAGGAGGGGGACCUUCACCUCCUGUGGGAGGCUAUUGCCAAGAAGCGAAGAAUGAGCAGGGAGCCAACCCUGGAUUCCAUCAGUGAAGUGCCAGAAGAGGAUUAUAAACUUCAUAAGCUGAAGAAGGAAGAAGUGGAGUCUCAUUAUUAUUCAGAAGAAUACUCCACCUGUGAUGAGCUGACUAAAACUGGAGAAGCAGACUUCUCUUUCACAAGCUCAGACGAUGAGUCUAGGGCUGGGACGCCUUCACUAGUUAACUACCUUAAAAAGGCCGGGAAAUCUACUGUUAGCAUUGGUAGCAAGGUUCAGACGGUCUCCACCAGUAAAUUCUGGAAACACUGGGAGCAGUCGGGCGUCGAGACUAGUGAAUCUGCACUCCCUGCCAAGCCUGCUGAACCAGAAAUCAUGGAAGAUUUAGAUGAUCCUUCCAUGAACAAAGCAGCUGUGAAAAUUCAGGCUGCUUUCAAAGGCUACAAAGUGAGGAAGGAGAUCAAACAGCAGGAAUGUCCCGUGUUUAGUGAUACCCUCAAAGAUUUUUGUGGUGAGCCAGGAGGCACUCUCCACCUUGAGUGUGUGGCUCUCAGCAAAACUGAUAUGAAGAUCCGUUGGCUGAAAGACGAUGAGGAACUUUCAGAUGGGCGCCAUUAUCACAUAGACAAUUACAGUGAUGGAACUUGCUCCUUGAUUAUCACUGGCCUGGACAUGAAAGACACGGGAAAAUAUACCUGUGAGGCAUCUAAUAAGUUUGGCAAGGUUUCCCAGAGUGCUAAGGUGGUGGUUAGUACCCGGGCACCGGAUGCUCUUCGUAAGCACAAGCAAGUGAAACGCCUCACUGACAGUGAAACGGAGAGCUCUUCUGGCAGCGAACUGGAUGAUGCGUUCCGUAAAGCAGGAAGGAGGCUUCACAAGCUCUUCAAGUCCAAGAUCUCAACGGAAAUGUCUGAUGUGGAGGAGGAACUCUUUGUCAGCGCGGAUGAAGGGGAGGUGGAGGUGGUAGAUCACCAGACGUAUCGCGAGGAUGAUCAGUACAUCUACAUCAAGUUUGAAAUCUUGGCGGAAGCAAAAACAGCAGCUGGCCGGUUCAGAGAGAUGUUUGCUGCGCUGGGUAUCCCAGUCGAGAUUGACAUCCUGGACCAAGGCCUUAAAAAAAUAGAGCUUCGCAUAGGGAAAGCAGCACCUCCUGCUCCAGGGCAGAUUCAACCCUUGGUGAAAAGACCUCCACCACCUUUACUGACUUCCGACACAGCUCCCAUGUUCAUAACUGAGCUUCAAAACCAAGAGGUGCAGGACGGCUACCCAGUCAGCUUUGACUGUGUUGUUAUUGGCAAACCUUUACCCACGGUGCGCUGGUUCAAGGAUGGGAAAGUUAUCGAAGAAGAUGACCAUUAUAUGAUCAACGAGGACCAGGAAGGGUGCCACCAACUGAUCAUCACCGCCGUGGUCCCUACUGACAUGGGUGUCUACCGCUGCCUUGCUGAAAACAACAUGGGAGUUUCUUCAAGCAAGGCGGAGCUGCGAGUGGACUUGACCAGUACUGAUUACGAUACAGCAGCAGACGCGACAGAGACAUCUUCAUAUUACAGUGCCAAAGGAUAUCUCUCAAGCCGAGAACAAGAGGGAGUAGAAUCCACCACAGAAGAGGAGCAGCUGCCUCAAAUCCUAGAUGAGCUUCAUGAUGUUCACGUGGCCCCUGGAGCAUCUUUGGCUAAAUUUCACCUGAAGGUCAAAGGGUACCCAGAACCUCGUCUUUACUGGUUCAAAGAUGGGCAACCAUUACAGGCCUCAGACCGAAUCCUGAAGACUGAGAAGAAGCAAUUUCAUGCACUCGAAAUCCUCAAUGUCAUUAAGGAGGAUGCUGGUCAAUACUCAGUAUUUAUUACCAACUCUGCAGGUUCUGCAUAUUCAUCGGCCAGUUUGGUAGUCAAAGGUCCUGGUGAGAAGGAAGAACUGCCAGAAACAGAUGCUCAAGAACAGCUGGUGCCACCCAGGUUCCUGGAGAGAUUUACCAAUAAAAGUGUCAGGAAAGGUGCAAGUAUCACCUUCUCUGUGAAGGUUGAAGGACAUCCAGCACCCACAAUUACCUGGUUGAAAGAAGAAUCUCAUGAAGAUGUUCUGUGGAUCAAACCAGAGACUCCUGGUUACAAGCUCGCCAGUUCCAACAUGCAUUACAGUCUAAUCCUGCUGGAUGUUGGAAAGGAAUAUAGUGGAACCUACACUUGCAUUGCUACUAACAAGGCUGGACAAUCCAUCUGCACUGCCUCCCUAGAAGUUCUGGAUGUGAAAGAGGCUGAAGUUCUGACCCGCGAGCGCAUGAUGGUGACAGAUGUUAUAAUGACCACGCUGGGGUAUGAAGACAAGGACAGAAAAGGACAUGGAAUUGGUAUCUCUAUCCACCCUCCUGAACCGAGGAAAGGAGAGCUUGUAGAAGGUGAGGCUGAAGGUGUGUCCAGAAGUCACAUUUCAUUAGCUGAUGUUGGAACAGAAGAAUUCCUCCAGAAACUCACCUCCCAUAUCACAGAAAUGGUGUCUGCAAAAAUAAGUCAGGCCACACUUCGAGUGCCUGGAGCAGACAGUGAUGAUGAAUCUAAGACGCCAUCCCCAUCUCCACGCCAUGGCAGAUCUCGACCUUCCUCGAUUGUUCAGGAGUCUUCCUCUGAAUCUGAGGAUGGGGAUUCUAGAGGGGAGAUUUUUGACAUCUACAUGGUCACGGCUGACUAUGUGCCCGUUGGAGCUGACAGGGAAGCCAUCACUCUGAAAGAAGGGCAGUAUGUGGAAGUCCUUGACUCUGCUCAUCCUCUAAAGUGGCUAGUCAGGACCAAACCCACUAAAUCCAGCCCCUCUCGGCAGGGAUGGGUGUCGCCGGCUUAUCUGGACAAGAAGUUAAAGUUGUCACCAGAGUGGGGCACGUCGGAAGCUCCCGAGUUCCCCGGCGAAUCUGUUUCAGAAGAUGAAUAUAAAAAGAAGCUGAGCGUCAUUAUUCAGGAACUGCUGAACUCUGAGGAGGAGUUUGUCAAAGAUCUGCAGUUCCUCCAGACCCAUCACCUCCAGUACAUAGAGAGCUGUCCGGAUGUUCCAGAAACUGUUGCCAGGCAGAAAUCUACUAUCUUCAGAAAUGUCAGUGCUAUUGCGAGCUUCCAUUCCAAUUCCUUCUUCCCAGAGCUGCAGAAAUGUGACACUGAUGACGACGUAGCUAUGUGCUUCAUUAAGAAUGAGGAGGACUUUGAUAAGUACAUCCAGUACCUGGUGGGGCGGAUACAGGCCGAGUCUGUCAUUCUCAGCAAAGCCAUUCAGGAGUUCUACAAGAGAUAUACAGAGGAAACAUUAGCCAGUGAGGAUCCGUCCCAGCCACCUAUACCUCCACUGCAGCACUAUUUAGAGAGACCCAUAAACAGGAUCCAGCAGUAUCAAAUUAUAAUCAAGGAAUUAAUCCGAAAUAAAGCAAGAAACAGCCAAAACUGUGCAUUGCUGGAGCAGGCUUAUGCCAUUGUGUCCGCACUCACCCAGCGUGCAGAAAACAACCUCCAUAUCUCACUCAUUGAGAACUAUCCAGGGACCCUGGAAAUUCUAGGAGAACCCAUCCGACAGGGUCACUUCAUAGUGUGGGAAGGAGCUCCAGGAGCCAGAAUGGCAUGGAAAGGUCACAACCGACAUGUCUUCCUCUUCAAGAAUUAUAUCCUGAUCUGCAAACCCAAGCGAGACACCAAGACAGACACCUACAGCUACAUCUUCAAGAACAUGAUGAAGCUGUCCCACAUAGAUGUGAACGACCUGGUGGAAGGAGAUGACCGGUCAUUUGAGAUCUGGCAUGAGCGAGAAGACUCUGUCCGCAAGUACCUACUUCAAGCUCGUACGGUCAUCAUCAAGAACUCCUGGGUGAAGGAAAUCUGUGGUAUACAGCAACGUAUCAGCCUGCCUGUGUGGAUUCCUCCGGAUUUUGAGGAAGGACUGGCUGACUGUACAGCUGAGCUGGGUGAAACUGUCAAAUUGGCUUGCAAAGUGACAGGAGCUCCUAAGCCAGUAGUCGCUUGGUAUAAAGAUGGCAAACCAGUGGAGAUGGAUCCCCAUCACAUUAUAAUAGAAGAUCCUGAUGGUUCCUGUACAUUGAUCCUGGACACUCUGACGGGUAUUGACUCAGGACAGUACAUGUGCUUUGCUACCAGUCCGGCUGGUAAUGCCAGUACACUAGGAAAGAUCCUUGUUCAAGUGCCACCGAGGUUUGUGAACAAGGUUAGAAAUGCUUAUUAUGUUGAAGAUGAAGAUGUUCAGUUUACCUGCACCAUUGAAGGAGCACCGUAUCCUCAGAUCAGGUGGUAUAAAGAUGGUGCCCUGCUGACAGACAUCAAUAAAUACCAGACUUUUAGUGAGCCACGGAGUGGCGUGUUAGUCUUGGUGAUCAAAAAUGCUUCUAAGGAAGACAUGGGACACUAUGAAUGUGAACUGACGAACAGAUUAGGUUCAGCAAGGAGUGGAGCGGAUCUUUGCCAGCAGAGUGCAGCAUUACUGGCCCAGGAGAAGAGAGGAGACCAAGCCAUUACUAUAGAAGGAGAGGUCUCACCACAGUCAGAGCUGGAGAAUUCUGUCCGGGCCUCACUUGAACGUGCAGACAAGGAGAUAAGGAUAGCCCUGAAGAAACUCGUGGAUUCCACAUCAGUGCAUGUGACUCUUCCUCCAAGUAUGAGAGGAAAGGCUGGUGGCUUUGGCGUUCUUGAGUCCACAGCUUCAGAUACAGAAAAUAGACAUCCUGUGAUAGUUCAUGAAGUCAGCACACAAACCCAAAGUGCUGGAGGUGAAGUGCGAGACAGCACUGGGAAAAUUCCAGAUGAGAAACUGAGUGAAACAAAGUCAAGCCCAACCACUUCCCAAAAAGAGACGACUGCUGGAGCUGCAGGAGGUCAGGAACGCACUAUUCCCAUUACCAGAACAUCAGCAGUCACAGAGGGAGCAGACUGGUGUAGAAGAGAAGGGGCAGACGUGGUCUGGGAUGUCCAGAGUCAAAUUUAUAUUGAGACCACAGAAAGAACCUGCGUUUAUAAAACAGAGGAGAAGAGCGCAGAAAGCCCUCCAUAUAUGCAAGUGACCAUUGAGGAUGUGCAGGUUCAGUCUGGGGAGCUUGCCAAAUUUCAUGCGGUUAUUGAAGGAAAUCCCCAGCCUACUAUUGCAUGGUAUAAGGAUAAUUCCUUGUUGACUGACAGCAACAGGAUCCAUCAAGUGAAAGAAGGCACAACAUACUCUUUGAUCCUGGAAGAUGUUGCCUCAGAAGACGGUGGCGUCUAUACCUGCAUUGCCAAAAAUGCAGGAGGGGAGGUCUUGUGCAAAGCAGAGCUUGUUGUACAUGAGGCUAAGAAAGACCAAGUGACAAAGAAACAGAGCACCCGAAGGAAACUCCAUUCCUUCUAUGAGGUGAAGCAGGAGAUAGGAAGGGGCUCUUUCAGCUUUGUGAAACGGGUUGUGCACAAAGGGAACAGAGUAUCCUGUGCUGCCAAGUUCAUACCUCUGCGAAGCAAAACAAGAACCCAGUCCUAUCAAGAGAGGGACAUCCUAGCCACGCUCUCCCAUGAUAAAAUCACCCAGCUGCUGGAUGAGUUUGAAACAAGGAAAACCUUAGUUUUGAUUUUGGAGUUGUGCUCCAAUGAGGAGCUCUUGGACCGUUUAUUCAGGAAGAGUGUUGUUACUGAAGCAGAGGUUAAAUUAUACAUCAAGCAACUUUUGGAAGGACUCCGCUAUCUCCAUGACAAUAAUGUACUUCACUUGGAUAUUAAGCCUCCAAAUAUCCUGAUGAUUUAUCCAGAAAGAGAAGACAUUAAGAUCUGUGACUUUGGGUUCGCUCAAAAGAUAAAUCCAUCUGAGCCUCAGUACAGCAAAUACGGAUCUCCAGAGUUUGUAUCCCCAGAAAUUAUCUCUCAGUCCCCGGUGUCAAAAGCAUCUGAUAUUUGGGCUGCUGGAGUCAUCAGCUAUUUAAGUUUAACCUGCAAGUCUCCAUUUGCUGGGGAAAAUGACAGAGCAACCCUUCUAAAUAUCCAGAACGGGACAGUUUCAUGGACUAUCCCUGACUUUGUUCACCUAAGUGAAGAAGCGAAGGAUUUUAUCAGACAGAUCCUACAGCUCUCUCCUGAAACCAGGCCUAGUGCUUUGGAAUGUCUCUCACACAACUGGUUCUUGAGUAAUCCCCCGCUAGAAGAGGCUCAUUUUAUUAACACAAAACAGCUGAAGUUCAUUGUGGCUCGAAGCAAGUGGCAGCGUUCCCUCAUGUGCUAUAAAUCUAUACUGGUAAUGAGAUCUAUUCCAGAAAUCCUACAGAGAACUCACAAAAACACAUCGCUAGGCAUCUCCCGACACCUGGUUGCAGAAAGUAGUUCUUCCACUACUACUGGCUCCUCUUCAGACAAUGAGAACGCAUCCUUCCCCAGGAGAGGGCACUUUGGCUCUACACCAGAACUGCACUUGUCUGCGUUUGAUUCACCGAGUUAUCAAGAACCUCCAAGUUAUGCGGCAGAAGAGAAACGUUCCAAGGUCUUGGUGCCUCCAGUAAAACCCAUGAGACGGAAAUAUGCUUUAAUGAAAAGUGAGCUGGAUGAUAAGCCACCUACAGAAAGCAAAGUACUAAUGGCAGGUGCCUUUGCUCAGAAAGCAGAGGUGGUCAGUUCAGAAAUCAAAGAUGAAAAAGAUCAGUCCCAAGAGAGUGAUGCAGAACAGCCUUCAUUGGUGAAGGCGGCCACUUUAGAUACAUCGGACUUGGCACCACCAAAAGGAAAAACAGACACGUUAUUACCGGACAAAGAUAAAAUCGUAAAGACUGGAGCUGCAAUGGAGAAACCACCCUUGUGUGUCCCCAGACAUAGUGUCAUUAAAAGCACAUUCUACAGCCAAGCGUCCGAGGCUCCUACACGUCUACCUGUCUCACCAGGCAGAGACUACAGAAGGCACCUUGACAGAACAAGAAGGGCCUUCAGGAAAGCAGGGUAUUUAAAGGUACCCUUGAGUGGUCUACGGGAACCCCUUCUAGAACAGUUUGAAUUGAAAGAAGAGGAGGAGGAAGAAGAAGAAGAAGCAAUGUCUGGUGAUGAAGAAUAUGGAAAAAGCAGAGAAGGUGUGACAGGCCCUCUGACCAAAUCGGCUUCCUUUGAUACUGCUAGGAAACCGUCACGUCACACCCUUCAGGUGUCCAGCAGAAGCCGUUCCCUGGAUGAUUACAGACUAAGAGCCAUAAGUUUAGCCAAGGAGCAAGACAUUCUGGAAGAAGACUGUGAUCUAACGUCACAGGGGAGUUAUCCCGGACUAGCUCAGCAGCAUGACAUAUCUACUGACUCUGGCAAGGUUUGUCCUGAGGAGCAUUUGAUGGAGGAGGACUCAAGGGAAGCUAGGAAGGAUUGUUCAGAAGAACAGCCAGUCCCUUCUGCACAGUGUGGUGAUGAAGGAUGCCCGGGUCUAGCUGGUCAACCACAGAACGUCCCAGUGUCGGCCCACCAGGGUGAAAGUGAGGGGCAUUUACAUCAAAAGACAAAAGCUUCCAUUGACAUGGAUGUGGAGCCAGCUGUUCUGGAAGGUGAAAGCCUGAUUCUAACUGCUCAGCAGCCAGACACAGCCCCAGUGUCAGCUCACACGUGUGAAAGUGAAGAGCAUUUAAAGCUGACACUGAAGCCUAGUGGUGCAGAGUUUACACUUCUGCAGGGUGAAAGCUCCGUUUUGAUUGUUCCCGAAUCCGAGAGAGCCCCAAUAUCAGCCCACGAGAGUGAGAGACGAGAAUGUGCACAUCAGCAGUCAAAGCCUUCUGUUCACAGUGCUGCAGAGUCUCCUGAUCUACAGGGUGAAAGCCCAGUUUUCCUAGAGACUGCCCAAAUUCCAGCUUGUAAGGGUGAAAGCCCAAAUAUUUUAACAGCUCCACAACCAGACACUGCUCCACUUUCAGUCUGCCAGGGUGAAACCCAGGGAUGCUUACAUCCGAAGCCUUCUGAUUACUUGGGCACAGCCUCCACUGUUUUGGCGGGAAAACAUCCAAUGAUUCUAACACCGCCACCAGAAAGUGCCCCAGUUUCAGACUGUGAGGGUGAAAGGCAGGAACAUUCCUGUCAGGCGCCUUCUGUUCACAUUAAGGUGGGGUCUGCUGUUCUACGGGGUGAAAGCCUUUUUAUUCUCACAAUUCCACAACGAGAAACUGCCCCGCUUCCAGUCUAUGAGAGUGACAGCCAGGAACAGUCACCUCAGAAGCCUUCAGUUUGCAGCGAGGUGAAAUCUGCAGACUCAGAGAGUGAAAGCCUAGCUAUUCUAGAGACUUCCCCUGUUUCACUUGUCGAGGGUGAAAGCCAGGAACACUCACAUCAGAAGCCUUCUGUUUACAGCAAGGCAGAGUCUGCUGUCCUGGAGGACUUGGUUGAAGAGAUGGUUUGUCUGUCUCAAGAUAUGAAUGUUUUGGCAGAGUCCGUUUCUACUCAAGAGGGAUGUGAAAAGCACUUCUCCCCUCCAAAGGAAAUGUUCUACCAAGGUCCAGCUGGCCAUACAGCCACCAGACAUCCCACUCAUUUUGUGCCACGGGGUAAAAGAGAAGAGGGCAUUUACCGGGCUGAUCUUACAGAAUCAGCUGCACCAAUUCCUGCAGUGGAAGAUAAGUUGAGUAUGCCAGCCCUGUUGAGUAUAGUCACUGAGGAGGGAAAGGUGGCUUCUCAUGAAUGUAAACAUCUAGGGGAUUUAGCAAUCAAAAGCACUCGUUCCAGCAAAGCAAGCAUAUCCCCGUCUGAUCAUUCAGGUUCUGGAAAAAGAUCUAGUCAUAUCUCUGAUAGCCAGGAACCUGACAAACACUCUGAAGUUUCCUUAGUGAAGAUUAAAGACCUCUCCGAAGAGAUGCCUAGCACUGGCAGCGGGACUUCAAAAUUUGAUAUCUCUGAGGUAGAGCCUGCAUAUUUGAACCUAUCAGAUCUCUACGAUAUUGUAUAUUUUCCAUUUGAAUUUAUGAACGUCAAGAAGCCCCCAUCCAAACCAACCGGUAAAAGAUUUAUGCCCUUCGGCGAAAAGGUUAAAUUACCUCCUGCGACUAAAGGACAUUUGCAUCAGUAUAAAAGGCUGUGCACUCGGGAGGACAUUAAAUCCCCUUCAGAUAACUCACAAGAUGCCACGACGGAGGAAACCAGACAAAACCUUUUGGACAUUUCCGAAGCUGUAGGGCAACCCCUUCGAAGGCUGGGGAAAGGUUCCGAACCACCAAUGGGAAAAGGAGCUGAGGGCCAUGUGACAACUGAACCCCAGACAAUGUAUGGUUUCCAAAAGGACUCAGAUGGUAAGCAGAGAAGCUCCACACACAGCAAAUCAGGACUCUUUAAACCCUAUGGCAGAUCGCACUCAAUGGAGCAGUCAGUAGAGCAGACUCUGAAGAAGAAAGUAAAAGCUUCUGUUGCCCAUAUUUCAAGAAUCCUAAAAGGAAAGCCAGCCCCUGAACCGGAGCAAAAGGAAGCACCUUCUUUUGUAGAAGAGCUCACGGAUCAGGAUGUUGCCCUGGGGCAGUCUGUGACUCUGUCCUGCCAAACAUCUGCCCAUUUCCCUCUGCACAUUGACUGGUUCAGAGACGGGGUGCCCAUUCGCAGCAGCAGUAGGAUACUGAUCUCAGCCACACUCAAAAACUUUCAGCUUUUAACCAUAUUGGUGGUUAUGGAUGAGGAUUUUGGUAUUUACACAUGUGCGGCCAGCAACUCCCUGGGUACAGCAUCCACCUCCUGUGUAAUAAGGAAGGCAGAAGUUCUGGCUAGCCCCCCCGCCCCUGAUAUUGUGGAGGUAUAUGAGGAUGGAGUGCAAGUGGUCUGGAAACCUGUGGAAUCUAACACCGUGGUUACGUAUACUGUACAGUGCAAGAGCGAAGAUGGUGAAUGGAAGACCCUUGUUACUGACAUGGCUGAUUGCUGCUACUAUGCCAGUAAUCUCUCCAGGGGCUUGGUUUACGCCUUCCGGACGGCCUGCAUCAGUAAAGCUGGAAUGGGACCUUACAGCAGCCCGUCGGCCAAAGUAAAGAUUGGUGAAAAAGACCAAACAGCGUUUCAAUCUGCAAAGCAGACGUUCCCAGCUGCUACAGAGGGUGAGAGUGAAAUAAUGGCACCAGCAGAGCCUUUUCCAACCCAGCAAAGCUACGCCUUCCAGACAGAGAUCAAAAGGGGGCGUUUCAGCAUCGUCAGACAGUGCAGGGAAAAAUUAAGCGGAAAUGCGCAGGCAGCCAAAAUUAUCCCCUACCGGCAAGAAGACAAGCAGGCUGUGCUCCAGGAAUAUCAAGUCCUGAGGAAGCUUCAUCACACAAAUAUAGUCCAGCUGCAAGGAGCCUACGUGAGCCCACGGCACCUAGUGCUGAUCCUGGAAUUGUGCGUGGGGCCAGAGCUACUCCAUUGUUUGGCUGAAAGGACAUCCUAUUCAGAGGUGGAGGUCAGAGACUAUCUAUGGCAGAUCCUCAGUGCAGUUGAGUUCCUCCACGCACACCACAUCCUGCACUUGGAUCUGAGGUCUGAAAACAUGAUAAUUACAGAACCCAACCUGCUUAAACUCCUGGACUUUGGCAACGCGCAGUUCUACAUGCCAGACAGAGUCAUUACCAUGGAUAGGUGCAUCGACUACGCAGAAACCAUGGCUCCAGAACUGCUGUCAGAGCAAGGAGCCCUCCCGCAGACUGACAUCUGGGCUGUCGGCGUCACCGCUUUCAUCAUGCUGAGUGCCGACUACCCCCUCAGUUCUGAUGUAGCCUGUGACUUUCUGAGAAUCGCCAAGAAAGGGAAGGUGAAACUUACCAGAUGCUACGCGGGUCUGUCCGGGGGGGCCGUGACAUUUCUUCAAAGCACGCUGUGCCCAAAUCCCUGGGGGAGGCCAUCGGUAGCGGAAUGCCUUCAGGCUCCAUGGCUCCAGGAGACGGGUUUGGAUGGCAGACAGCAAGCGGUAGUCACUUUCUCCACCGCCAAGCUGAGGAGUUUCCUAGCAGAACGGGAGAAGAAAAGGAGCCUCUUGUGUUCAAAGUAUGGGCUGAUGAUUGCUCAGUGAACUGGGUGGUAGCCCAGUGAAGAAUAGAUUCCCCUCCCCCACCCCGCCCCGCCCCACCCCACCCGCCCCGACAAAUACUUGCACUGGGGGUUUGGAACCUAAGUGUCGUAUCUGGUUACAGAUCUGCUGCAGUAAACCAGUGACCCUGACGCCUUAGAGAGAGAUUUGGGUGAGCAGGUCCCAUUAGACAUGAGUGAAUGGGAGCUGGAUCUCUGGGUGGCUUUGAAAAUCCUUCCCUUAGAGUUCCAAGACUGCACAUAAUGCCGCUCAGUGACCUCCCCACAAGCCCCAGCAGCAGCACAGAAAUACCAGACCCCCAGCCACAUCAUGAGCCUUUCGGACAUUACUAAACAGACCCCCUGCAAUAACAGCAGCUUCAGCUUCUGAUCACCUGUGCUCACGUGAUAUGCAGGUCUAGUUUGUCUCUCAAAACCAUAAGGAGUCAGUAAAAGAUUUCCCUUGGAAUGUAGCACUGAGCUGGGGCAGAGGAGGCUAUUGAAUGAUAGUGCCCCAGGAUGGAAUCAGACUAUAUACAUCUUCACUGUUUAAAAAAAAAUCCAUUGUGUGGCUAUCAGAUGAAAUGUGUAGUGUGUGUGUGUAUGUGUGUGUGUGUGUCUUCUAGGCAGAGUUGUAGGUAACUGGAGCUAUAAAUAACAUUUGUUCAAUAGGGCAUCUGAUGUGUCUGUCACAUAGUAGCCGGGGCUAGAGUUGACAUACCCAAUCAGCAUGCACCAGUGACUGGACCCAGUGUGUAACGUACCAGGGCCGUGUUCACGUACAGCCACCAUAGUCAUCCGUGAGGACUGAACCCAAGACAAAACACAGGCCUCUGCCACGCACACUGAAAAAGAAUUCUUUCUUCUGGAAGUAGCGGGCUGCUAAGCCUGCCACUAGAGGGAGGCACGAACACACUCAAUACAGGAGUGUUACAUGCACAAUCUGCACAUUACUGCAGACGAGACUGUAACCGGGAGUCUCAUGGUGCCUAGACAGUAACUGUCCCAGGUAAGCCUCCCUCUGACCAGGCCAGAAUGAGCCAUGCUACGUUUGUUUCCAAUGGAAGUCAGUCUUGCGUGUACCUUGUACAACAGGAGAUACAUGGUUUUGCCUGUUCAAGAACAGCCAUUUGUGGCCAUCUUCCUGCUCAUGCAAGAAAAAAGGCACUGAUAUAGUCUUGAUUUUUCAGUGGAAGACCAAAUUAGCCCUUUGUAUGCUACUCCUAUGGAUGGCCCAGAUCAUGCCAUCUCAGACACAAGCCAAUUUCUUCUGCUAUGCACUAACAGAGUGGCAGAAUGUAUAGCAUGCAUCAUAGGGGGGUUUACACAUGCCCCUGUGCAUUGUGAUAUAUGCAGCAUGGACUAAAAUCCUCAAAGGAUUGAUCCUUACCGUGGUUAUAACCACAGUGAAUAUGAGCUUUGGGACAGGUAUUUAAAGUCUCCAGUCUUCAUGAUCGGAGGGAAAAUAUAUCAGACACCUAGUAGCUUAAAGCAACCCCAACUUGCUUUAUCUGAAUCUGUUGUCUUAAAAAUGUAAAACACUCUGUCAGGAGUUUUAUGCUGAUUUUGCAGGUCACUGCCAUGAUAUAUUGAUACAGCUUCUGUAGGGUAGGUGGCCCCUGCAGGUAGAGACUUGGCACAAUUAGGAUUUUAGAGCGAGGCAUUCUCUCACAGAAAGGGCUCAAAUGAGCACUCUCAGAAAGAAAACUUUUGUCCACAUCUGGGAGAGACUGUUCUGAAACUGCAAAGGGCCAUACUCUGGGCCUUGAGUGAGUGGUUCAUUGCAGUGAACUCUCUACUUUGCCUGGCUUGCUGUCGAAAGUGACUUCUGCGUGCUACCUUUGUUGGCUGCACUGAUCUGUGUCCGUGGGUACAGAGGAAAUGCCCACUCAUGGGGUGACUUUCGUAGAACAGCUCUUCCCCUGGACAGACACCAGUUCCACAGAUGCUCGGGGGAGAUGUGACAACCCUAGGAAUCUGCAGUGAUGAAGUUAGGGUCAUUUUUCCUUAAUGCCAACCAUAGCCUUUUAAAUCAACCACACACAACACACACCUUUUCACUGAAGCAAUCAAAGUAGCACAAUGUUUUCCAUUAUGAUUCUUCUACACAGCAAAGAUCACUUAUGCUAGACCGUUUGUUAGCAGUGCUUGCCUGCUGCUGGCAAUGCCAGGUACGUCCGGGUGUAAUGCACCUGUCGUGCCACUGAAUGUACGAGACACAUCCAGGCAGAAUGUACCUGUUAAGCUGCUGAGAAUUCUGGAAAUAUCUAGGUGGAGCACAGCUGUUGAAUGUGCUUGGUAUAUCUAGUAGAACACACCCGCUGUGCUGCUGAAUGUAUCAGAUGUAUCUAGUUAGAAUGUGCCCGUUAUGCUGCUGAAUGUGCUGGGUGUAUCUAGGUGGAACACCCCCCACCAUGCUGAUGAAUGUUCUGGGUGUAUCUAGAUGGAACACCCCUCAUACUGUUGAAUGUUCUAGGUGGAACACCCCCCGUGCUGCUGAAUGUUCUAUGUGUAUCUAGGUGGAACACCCCCAUGCUGCUGAAUGUUCUAGGUAUAUCUAGGUGGAACACCCCCAUGCUGCUGAAUGUUCUAGGUGUAUCUAGGUGGAACACACCACUGUACUGCUGAGUCCAUGCUAACUCUUCCAUUAUGAAAGAUGUUAAUAGAAAAUCAUCAGCUCAAUAGGUACACUGUAAUACCAGUAUCACAUGGGUUAACCCCUGCUUUAACUUAGGCUCCUGUUGGUACUAGCUGUACAGCAGUCAAAGGCACAUGUCACAACAAUGACCUUGACCUCAUUAAGUACAGAAUUUGCAUGUCUAAAGGCAUUCUGCCACUUGGGCGCCUGGGCUGUUGAUUUGUAGCUCUUCUGUUAUAUUUGGGAGAUGUGGGAAUGGAGUUACUGGAAAAUGUAUUUCAGUUUGACUUUUAAAUAGAGGCCACAACAUCCUGGAGUUUAGUGUCUUCCAUUGUGUCUAAAAACUGUCAAGGAUUGUUUUCAUUUACAUUUGAUGGUCUUAGCAUUGUAUUUCUUUUGUGAAUAUAAUCUCUGCGUUUAUGUGAAAUGACUCAUGUGUCUAUUGGUUCUGGUGUGGUCGGUUUAUUGCACCAAAUACCAUUUGGUGACUUUCAUUACAAACGGUGUUUUGCUCGUAGUUCUGUAUCCAGAAGCAUUAAUGGAGAUGGGAGCAGGAAAUCAGUUCCUCAUGUUUCAUAAGAUCGUGAAAGAGUGAGCGUGUUUAAAUGGUGACAGCCUUUCCAGUCAUGUUUAAUGCACAUUGGUAAGAUCCUAAAAUGCAGAGCACUAAGGUUCCUUAUGAUGCUUGUACAGCAAGCAGCACAGGAAAUGCGGCUGAAACUAGAGGACGUUUAACUAGACUGGGGAGAGCAGACACAGAUUCAACAGACUAUGAAGCUCUGAAUUUCAAAGUUACAUUGUCGCCAUAGUCCAGUGUAGGAGAGGGUGCUUAGGUCUUAGGGCCCAAUUCUGAGCUGAGUUUCGCUGAAGCUAGAGGAGUUAGUUUGGAUUGAUACUGGUGUUACUUAGAUCAGAAUCUGGCCCAUAGAUUUUCAGGAUGCUGUCUUCCCUCCAACUUAAUAUCAUAGCAAUCAGAUGUGCUUAGACUGGCACAGUCUCGUGCUUUGGUUUGAUUUUUAGGGUGGAGAGGGGUCAGUUUGUAAGGGAAAACCCAUUUAAGAGUAAGAUUCUUAAUGUAGGUUAACAUAUAUCAAGACCUGGGCUCAUAUCCCUUUUCUCUUUCUUAUGCAAUUCAAAUUAACUGAGUUUGCUUCUCUAAUUUGCAUGCAUUUUGAACAUGUCAGAAGUCUGUGCACUCAAUACUGUUUUGUUAAAUAAACUAUUUUGACAAAGAA